GUAUUGACCGGAGGAACGCUAAUCUCCAGGAAUAAGGACUAUAUUGUCUUUUACAGGGGUAAUGAUUUCUUGCCACCUCGUGUCACGGAAGCCCUAGUAGAAGCAGAGAGCAAAAGUGCUUUCUUACAGGAUCAAGAAGAACAAGCACGGCAAAGAGCAGCAACCCUUAUUCAUUCUGAUACUAAAGCUCCUAAAAGGCCAUUGAUUGCUGGAACUCUUUCUGAAACUAUAGCAGCCACUUCACGCUGGGGAAACCAACCUAGUAUUGAAGAGAGAGAGAAAAUGAUGAGAGACGCUGCUAUAGCAAGGCAUGCUUCUCUUGUCAAGCAUCUUGAACAGAAGCUAGCCCAUGCAAAAGGCAAGAUCAAAAAGGCAGAAAAUUUGUUACGGAAAUUGCAGGAAAAUCGGGAACCAUCUGAGCUGCCAACUGACUUGGAAAUAUUAUCUGCUGAGGAAAGGUUUCUGUUUCGUAAGAUGGGUCUUAGCAUGAAACCUUUUCUGCUUCUAGGGAGGCGAGAUGUUUUUGAUGGAACUAUAGAGAACAUACAUUUACAUUGGAAAUACCGGGAGCUAGUAAAGAUCAUUGCGGAGAGGAGAAAUGCAGCACAAAUAAAACACAUUGCAGUUACCCUUGAGGCUGAAAGUGGUGGCCUUUUGGUAUCUAUAGACAAGACUACCCAAGGCUACGCAAUUAUACUCUAUCGUGGGAAAAAUUACCAGCGUCCUAGUGAAUUCAGGCCCAAAAAUCUUUUGACUAAGAGGCAGGCAUUGGCCCGUUCAAUUGAACUUCAGAGACGUGAGGCACUAAAGCAUCAUAUAACAGAAUUGCAGGAUAAGCUUCAGAAUUUGAAGUCUGAUCUAGAAGAUAUGAACAUGGUUGAGGAGAUUGAUGAGGAGACCUUAUACUCGAGAUUAGAUCCAUCUGAUGAUGAGGAUGAUAUGGAAGAGAAUUUCGAGGAGAAAGGUUAGAACUAGUAAUAGCCGAAUGCUUUUGAGGAUGAUGUUGCUCUGUUGCUCAACCGAGGCUAUGGGUAAGAUAUGGACAUAUUGUGUCAGCACAUCUAAAGCGGAAGAUGUUUCUUUGCACACUUUUGUCACUAGAAUUGCUGGAUUAUCGCCAGAGGCGGAUCUAGAAUUUCUAGAACAUGGGAUUACCACCAAAGAAAGGAUUUAGGGGGAAUUGAUCCCUUAAAUAACUCAAUAUUCAACCAAGUGCACGUUUCAACCUUUGUGGAGCAUGGGGCCAGCAAAUAAUAUUAGAUCAAUUCUAGGAAGUCUGUACAUAAAACACCUAGUUUAGCAGAAAGACCACGUGCACCAUAAUGUAGGCCCAAAUUUGCCCCUGGUAUCGCUAAACUUUUAUUUCAGUAAACAGUAGAUUCAUCAACAUUAUACAGGUGCAGGCGAUCCUUCAAUGAACUAGUUUGUGAAAUCGUUUAUCACGCAAAAAAGAAAAGAAUCUUUUGGUGAAAUGUGAACUUGUCUAGUAAGUUCUAUGACAACUUACUGGGACUGACUAGUUUCAUUUUUGUGUUUGAAGUGAGAACUGGAAUGAAUACAUUGUCGGACUUUUACUUGUAACCACUUUUACGUUA